UCACCUGCACCAGUGAACUGUUAAAAUAAAUAAAUAAAUAAAUAAAUAAAUAAAAAUAACAAAAUGUGUUUGUUUAGAGGAAAAGUAGAAUGUGUUUUUCAAAGUACAACCUGUAUGAUGUAUCAUGGGCUGUGUUCAGUUAGUCAGCCAAGUUAUGCCUUCGCUAGCAUUCUGCUAAGUGAAUAACCUUGACCAGGACUUUGAGGGAGGCAAUUUGAUUCACAUGGCAAGCCAGCACAGGCCUUUUCCUUUACCACAUCCACACUGAGAUUUGACAAUCUCCACAUUUUUAUUGCUUUAUUCCUUUUUAUAGAAUGUUAUUUUUUAUUGUAUAGUAUUUGCUGUGAAUUCCCAUUAUUCAGCAUUGGGUUAAAAUCAGAAAUAUGUUAAUGUAUCGGUAUGUUAAUCUAUGGUGCGCUUAGAAUUCUGAAACGCUUAGCAAGGGUGCUUGGACCCUGCAGAUUGCCACUUGCGGCUAUAUUGUUUGGUGUUUAAACGAGUUGUGUUGUUUGUUUUUGUGUCUUUUGUGUCCAGGAGGAGGAAAAUCACCUGAGGGAGGAGCUUAGACAGGAAUGGGAGCGGAAGCAGGAGAAAAUCAAGAGUGAAGAAAUUGAGAUCACUUUCAGUUACUGGGAUGGAGCUGGACACCGGAAAACAGUCAAGAUGAAGAAGGGCGAUUCUAUUGAGCAGUUUCUCCAAAGAGCCCUGGAGGUUCUGAGAAAAGACUUCAGAGAGUUAAGGUCUGCUAGAGUGGAGCAGCUCAUGUACAUUAAGGAAGACUUGAUCAUCCCUCAUCACCACAGCUUCUAUGACUUCAUUGUGACAAAAGCUAGAGGCAAAAGUGGACCACUUUUCAGUUUUGAUGUUCAUGACGAUAUCCGAUUGGUAAAUGAUGCUACAGUUGAGAAAGAUGAGUCUCAUGCAGGAAAAGUGGUUCUGAGGAGCUGGUAUGAAAAAAACAAACACAUAUUUCCUGCCAGCCGCUGGGAGCAUUAUGAUCCUGAAAAAAAAUGGGACAAAUACACGAUCCGAUGAGGUGGCGCUUUGCAUCCAUGUUAUGUUCAGAUUUUAGGAAUAUAUUGCUUUUUUUCCCCCAGAAGACCUUCUGCACUAAUGCAAUGUUAUAAAUAAAUAAAAGAUGUUUGCAUUUUUUUUUUUUUUUUUUUUUUUGGUAUUGAGAGAAUUUUUUCUGUUUAGAUUUUUCAAGUUAAAGUCUUCUAGGAAAUACACACAUUUUGAUAAUUCCACAUUCUGUGAAUUCUGUUUUCUUUCACACUGUUUAAAUGUAAUAUUGCUUUUUUUAAUAUGCCAGGCAGUUUAUUAUACAGUGGUUCCUGAAAGUUUGUGAACAGUUUAGAAUUUUCAAUAUGUCUGCAUAAAUAUCACCUAAAACAUUAAAAGUAGAAAAAAAAAAUAAAAGUAGAUAAAGAGAACCCAGUUAAACAAAUUCUACUUGUUCAUUUAUUUAUUGAGGAAAUGAUCCAAUAUUAAAUAUCUUUCAGUGGAAAAAGUAUGUGAAUCUUUGCUUUCAGUAUCUGGUGUGAUCCCCUUGUGCAUCAUUAACUGCAACUGAAUGUUUCCGGUAACUGUUGAUCAGUCCUGCGCAUCGGCUUGGAGGAAUUUUUAGGUCAUUCCUCAGUACAGAACAGCUUCAACUCUGGGAUGUUGGUGGAUUUUUUCAUGGAAAACAAUCUUUCCAGCCUAACAAAAAACUUCAGAAACAGAGGGUUUGUAGAUGUCAAAAAGUAAUUAAACUUCAUUGAAACAGUAAAGUGAGACAGUCUGCAGAAAGUCUGAA